AGUCAUUCCGCGUGUAGAUAUAACAUAUGGCGUACUCUGACUUCCUUUCCCAUUGUGGGUCUCCUAGUGGCAUCCUAUAACGUUGAUUCGUAAUUCAAUCACAGCGUUAAAAUGUCAGGAGGUUUAGAUGUAUUAGCCCUCAAAGAGGACGAUGUUACCAAGAUGUUGGCUGCUGGUACCCACUUGGGUGCUGAAAAUGUCAACUUUCAAAUGGAACAGUACGUCUACAAGAAGAGAGUCGAUGGUGCUGGUGUAAAUGUUAUCAAUCUGCGUCACACCUGGGAGAAGCUGCUGCUUGCUGCUCGUGCCAUUGUCGCCAUCGAGCAUCCUAGUGAGGUUUUCGUUAUCAGUUGCCGUCAUUCGGGUCAAAGAGCUGUGCUGAAGUUCGCAGCCCACACUGGCGCUACUCCCAUCGCUGGACGGUUCACUCCUGGUGCAUUCACCAAUCAGAUUCAGGCUGCUUUCCGAGAACCACGUCUGCUGAUCGUCACGGAUCCAUCCACGGAUCAUCAGCCUAUCACCGAGGCCAGUUAUGUGAAUAUCCCGGUUAUUGCUUUCUGCAACACGGAUUCGCCGCUGCGUUUUGUGGACAUCGCAAUCCCGUGCAACACUAAGAGCUUACACACCGUUGGUCUGAUGUGGUGGCUACUCGCUAGAGAGGUGCUUCGCUUGAGAGGAUCUAUCCCGCGUGAGACCAAGUGGGAUGUUGUGGUCGAUCUCUUCUUCUACAGAGAUCCUGAAGAGGCAGAGAAGGAGGAACAAGCCGCGAAGGAGAUCGCGCCGGCGAAGGAGUUCACGGGCCCUGUGGAGACUGCUCCUGCUCCGGAGCCUGGCUGGGUGAACGAGGUCGAAUCGACCACCGUAGCCACCGAGAACUGGGCUGACGAGGUACCUCCAGCGGCCGCUGCCAUUCCCCCAGCAGCUGGUGCUGCACCGGCAUUCCAACCAAGCGGCGACUGGGCCGCGCAGCCUCCAGAGGAGUGGUCGACACCUGUGGCUACUGCUGCUACUCAAAGUUGGGGAGGUGCGACUAGCGAAAAAUGGUAAUCACGCUUGCCGACAUCUUGAAAACAAUGCAUACUUUGUACUUGUCUGCAACAGGACCUUUUGAAAGGAA